AUGGAGCUUUUCGAGACCAACCCUUACUUCUUCCCAGACCAACGCUUUUACGAAGGCGGCGACAACUUCUUCCCCGCUCGUCUGCCCGCCGCUUACGACCAAACCGGGUUCCAGGACAAGAACUCCGCCAUGGGCUUAUGCGGGACUCUUACAGGGGGAGUCGGGGCCGUCCAGCCUGAGGAUAAACCCUCGCCGUCCGGCCUGUCGCCCCACUCCGAGCCCCAUUGCCCGGGUCAGUGCUUGCCGUGGGCGUGCAAACUCUGCAAACGAAAAACGGUGACCAUGGACCGUCGGCGAGCGGCCACGCUGAGAGAAAAGAGACGUCUGAAGAAGGUCAACGAGGCCUUCGACGCUCUGAAGAGGAGCACCCUGAUGAACCCCAACCAGAGGCUACCCAAGGUAGAGAUCUUACGGAGCGCCAUUCAGUACAUCGAACGAUUGCAGGCCCUGGUGUCGUCCUUCAAUCAACAAGACACCGAGAUGGGAAUCUACCGGGCCGGACAGAACCAGCCUAGAGUGUCGUCGUCAAGCGAGCCCAGUUCGGGCAGCACCUGCUGCAGUAGCCCCGAGUGGAGCAGCACGCCGGAGCAGUGCACGCAAAGCUACAGCAGUGAGGAGCUUCUGAGUGCUGCUGAUUCUCCGGAGCAGACCCUGAGUUCCAUCGUGGAGGGCAUGGCCGCCACAAACGGGGCAGUCGGCUUUCCGGUGGACAUUCCCAAAUGA